CUCUCAGAGAAGUUAACCUGGAACUGUAGCUCAUAACACAAGUCACCGGAUCGCCACAGUUUUUAUCCGUAUUUCGACCAGAUCUCCUUUGUUUUGGAGAGUCUUAAGUUACAGCAGACAUGUCUAAAAUCGAGAUGUUGAGGCUUCUGAUCAACCAGCGGCUCACUGCGGCUGCAGAGGAGAUUUUCGGGGUUUUUGGGAGAACCAUAGCAGAAUAUGAGGAGGAAAUCUCCCGGUCCAGGCUGGAGAUCGACCGGCAGCGCCGGCUGCUGGAGCUCUGCAGGAAGCCGCGCAUCUCCCUGCAGGCCGACAGCUCAGCUGUCUCAGAUCAGCGGGACUGGAGCUCCAGUCUGGAUCUAAAUGAAGAAGAACCUUCUACUCGCGUCAAAGAGGAGGAACAGGAGCAAGAUGUGUGGAUAGAUCAUCCAGAUGAGCUGCCCGGUCGGAGGUCGGAGCAGAACAACGUCAGCUUUGUUUUGUUCCAGAACAGAGCAGCAGAAACGCAGCUAGACAACGGCUCCACCGGAUCCCCGGUCUCAAAAUAUCAAAGCCACGACCUCGGGGACUUGGAGAUGGACCCGCAACCUGGUACCUCAAUCCAGCAGACCUGCUCUGAUCUCACUGAGGAUCAGCCUGGUUUUGAGGCGGAUGCAGGAAACAGCCUGCAUGACUGCUUGGAUGCUGGACUUACUAAAGCGCUGGACUCUUAUAUCUGCACCAUAUGCGGCCAGGGAUUUUAUGAGCGCGAUCAGUGGACCAGACACAUGCGGAUUCACAGAAAAAUCGACGGCAAAGUGGACAAAUCUUUUACGUGCGAUAUUUGCGGGAAGAGACUGACCCGGUCUGACGGGUAUCAGAAACACCUGCGGGUUCACACGGGCGAGAAGCCGUACAGCUGCCAUGUGUGCGGUCGCAGUUUCAGCGACAACUCGAACUACAAGCGACACAUGCGCAGACACACCAGAGAGAAAACCCAGCAGAGCUCCAGCUGAGGGCAGCUGGACAGAAACAGAGACGUACUGAAAGAACGGACGAAUGGAAGCACAAAAUGAUUCGAAUUCUUCUCUCAUUGUCUUUUAUUUUCUCACACAGCAGAACGGAUGAAUCAACGUUUAGCUGCCAUUGAUUUUUAGGGUUUUUACAUGUUUACUCCAGUCAUAGUUUUUAAGCCAACUUCUGAUUUUUGUACGUGUCCCACCUGCUGACACCCCCUCAGAAAGAAAAGUUUUCCUUUUUUUUUGUUAAAUUUCUACCUCAAUUCUGUUCAACAGCCCCACUUUAAAGAGCUUUAUUGAUUGUUUUCAGGUUGCUUUUUAUUGUGUAGUAUUUUUGAUUUGCCCAGAAACAAAUUUUAGAACGACUCAUAUUUUCUUUAUCAGAAAGAUUUUAGGUUUUAUUCUUCAAUUUAAGUUGUAUAAAAACAGGAAACAUAAAAUCUGCCCAUUCCACAGAAAUGUUGCUUACUUUGUAAAGUCAUGCAGUCACACUAACCCAAAGCUGAUUUCCCAUUAAGUGUGAUGUUUAUCUAUUUUAAUGCUCAUGGAUUUAAAUAUAAACCAAUGAUAAUCACUUCAGGCAUUCAUGGUUGGGAAAUUAUAUAUUUGUCCUUUUCCAAGUCUUUAAAGCUUCCGUCAGCUACAGUGCCUUAAAAAUCUUUGACAAGUUCCAUCUAUGUUUUACAUCAGAGGACAGACCGACUCAAGUGGAAGAAAAACGAUUCAUGAUCUUUAAGCUGAUUUUGAUUAAUUUCUUUGAAACAUUUUUUUUUUCAUUUUUAUGUAUAAGUAGAUCCUAAAAGUUUCCACUGCUACGAUUUAAUGUAGCCAUGAUGAAUCAUUUAAAAAUGUUUUGCUUACCUUUUGAAAUUACAUUUUUCCUGUAAAAUUCCUCUAGAGAAAAAGUGCAACUGAAAAAAUGUAUGAUUAGCUAAAAAGGUGCACUAACUAGGUCAUCUGAAACGUAAAGAGAACCAGAUGAUUGGUGGAAAAAGAAACAAAUUGGCAGACAUUCCUGCAGCUACCCUCUCAGUUGUUCCAUAUUUUCUCAAGUGAGUGAUAAUCAUCUUCGCUGUGUCAUGUUGUUUAAACAUGUUUUUUUUUGUUUAUUUUUUCACUGAUGCCUUUGAACAAUUAAAUCCUGUGGAUUUUUAACCUGUUGCUUUAGCUAAAGGUCACAGGUGACGGAAAGUUAGUAAAAGCCUAUUGAACUUGACAGCCGAACCAGAUCGAAUUUAAAGAUUUCAGGUUUUAUUCUUUUCAACAGAAUUCUGUAUGCGUUGCAUUAA